GUCUUAUAGUAUCUAUAAUAUUAUACACAACUUGCUUAAUAGUGGAUGUGCAUUGAUUGUGCAACCGCAAUCAGAUGUUAUUCCACGAAUUUCGCAUGAAUUUCAGUAAAUAUGGGAAAUUAUUCAAUUUGUCAUAACAAACACCAAGUCUCAAGUUUAACCUUAGUUCAUGUGAUUUAUGUAAAUUGUUACGAAUUUGCAAGUGUCAUACUAUUAGAGGUAGGAUUUAGAGCGAUUAUCAAUGAUCAGAGUCUCUGAUUUGAACUUAUUUACCGGUUAGCUGUUUAGAAAGAGUGUACAGAACACCUCAGAUAAAUGACUGCCACACGAUAGCAAACUGCUGAAGCAAGAAACCACUCAUUAUCUCUUCUUGAAUGCUUUGAUGUCAUGUCAGUUCUGAGAUAUCUGACUCUCCCAAGGGACAGCCCUUGAUUUAAACGCCUUGAGUAAUUUUAAUGGAGUUCAUUUAGAGAGGUAAGUACAGCUUAAUAUCAAGCUUAAUAUAGCUUUAAAUGUUUCAAAAGAACAAGAAAACGACACUUUUCAGAAUUUUGAAAAAUGUCAACUCUAGGUCACUGUUUAACUGUAGGCAAAUGUGUGACGUUAAUUAAAAGGUCAGAUUUUCCUCGAGUCUUAUCUCUUCCACUGAAGCGCGUGUCCAUACGGCAUUCCAGCGGGAUUGAUCUAAGGUCGGGUUUUACGCAAACUUGUGGAGUACAUUCCAGUUCGAGUGCACGCUGUCGUUAAAGCACGUUUCAAUUUGUAAUGAAAAUCUGUAUACCUGUAUGAAAAUGACUCGGUAUUGACGCAUUCGAGUGCGCUCUCAGACCUUUGGACACUACUGUAUCAAUCACGCAUGAAGGAAAACUUCUUCCGGGACCUUCAAGUCCUCGACGCGAAUCUAGACCGGGGGAGUGAAAGAAAUGUUUUAGACAAGCAGAAGGUCUGGACGGCGUUUUCCGGAGUGUCCUGAUGGCGCCGACGUUAAAACGUGCACUCGUGACAUGGACCCCGUCGCGUUUAACACCUACACGGAGUUCUUCACCCACGCCCACAGUAUUUGCCACUACCUCCAGAGUGAGCAGUGGCAGCAUCGGGCGGAAAACACCAUCCACAGGCUGACGGAGAGCUCAGCCGGUGUGGCCGAGCAGCUUGCGUCCACCCAGAGGAUGGCCGAGGAUCUAGUAGAGGCCCAAAGUGCAGCUCUCAAAUCUCAGGAAACCAUCCUGCGCAACGGGGAAGAGCUCAAGACCACACUGCAGCACUCCACAAAGGGUCUGAGGGAUGUGUUUGCUGAGAUGAGGCAUUCUGUCCAGGAGCAGCAGGUGGCGUUUGCCGAGAUCUUUAAACGCGUCGCUUUCCUUCAGAGCUUCAUCAUGUCCGAGUCACACACUCUCAGCUCUCUGUUGUACAACGCGCUGGGGUUCUGCGCGUCCUUCCUGCUCACCUCUACACGCCGCACCUCAGGAGCGAGGCUUUUUCUGUUCGGGCUGGUGGCUCUGAAUGUCUACCUGGAGCGUUUGAUUUGUAGGAUGGUGCUGGAAGAUGAUAAUCCUGGAUAUCAGCAGAUGGAGCGGAUCGCCUUUUUGGUUGGGCUUCUCAGGAAGUCCAUGGUGAUGAUCGCCUGCGUCGUUCUGCUAUACUUUGCCACCCGGUUCCGCAACGUGAACAGGGAAAGUCUGGAGAUACUGAGGGAGCUGAAAGAGACUCACACUAAUCUUCAGCAAACCUUGAGGAAAGCAGAACGUCUUUCAGGGGCUUUAAAUGGCUGUACGAAACCCAGACAGGAGCAGUGGGGUAGAAAGUGGGAUCGAGAAGAGAAGAGCAGCAUGGUCAUUCUGCAUCCUUCUGGCGCCAUAGAGGCCACCUUGCCGUCAAUUUCUUCCCUACAAAGGAGCCGACAGUGUAAGAGCUCUGUUCCACCACUGGAGGCUCCGAGUACCUCAGAGGUCCCAAAAAGACUGCAGCGUCGUUCCUCAGGCUCCCGUGUGCCUAACUCUUCAGCAGUCGUCUACAGCGUGAUCCUGGAGGACAGCCGCAACCAGCCGAGGUACAGCCUGAGGAGCAGGAAAUCCUUAUGCGCCCUGGAGCCAGAAGGCAACAGAGACUGAUAAUGAUCUGUUCAGGUGUGUGUGUGUGUUGGGGGGAUGGGGGUGCAAGGGGGUGUGACGGGUGACCAUGUCUGUGAAAUAUGGACGUCUCUUAGCUGUUUUGAUCACAUUUCACUUUUUUUUUCAUGAAUUUCUUGUGGAUUCUUUUAAUAAAUCUGCUUUUAAUAAUCAGGACUGUUAUGAACAUGGUUAAUAAAUUCAUCUUCGGGUGU